UGAAGCGCCGAGCGCGUCUGUCAUAUGAGGUUGGAGGAAAACGCGCACACGACUUAGGAGACAUAAAAACAACUCUUUUUUGUAUUUCAAGCGAGCUGAUUUUUUAAGAUUUUGGAGACGACAUUUCCCUUGGAGUUUUGUUUCUUUUCCUUCUUUCUGAUCCAAAGCAACAGGAUGACAGCCGCGGUUACGUCGGCACCUCGAAGUUGCUGAGACCCGCAUCCUUCUGCCCUCUGCAUCUGACUGUCUGAGGGGGGAAAGAUGCAAAGACAAUACAGGAUGAAAUCCGCUUUGAUAACAAUUCUAAUUGGAGUGGUUGGGGCUCUGGCUGAAACUAAGGACUGUCCAUCAGGCAAGUACACAAAGAAUGGAGAGUGCUGCAAACAGUGUCCACCUGGUGAGGGGGUCGUGGCCCCUUGUGGAGCCAAACAGACCAAAUGCUCUCCGUGUCUCGACAGUGAAACCUUCUCAGAAAAUUACAGCCACACAGAGAUGUGUCAGAAUUGCACAAAAUGCAAAGUCUUGCAACGCAUGGACACCCCCUGCACCGACUCCAAUGAUGCAGUCUGCGUUUGUGACUACGGCUACUACAUGAAUAAAAUCGUAAUGUAUUGUUUGCCUUGCACUCGGUGUCCUAAAGGCAAAGGGGUGUUAGAGAACUGCCGCUUCGACCGUGACACCAUUUGUGAAGUUUGUGAAAUGGACAGCUUCUCGGAUCAGGAAAGUUCCCGGGACCCCUGCAUGCCCUGCACCACCUGCGAGGAAGAGGGCGUGCUAAAGGAUUGCUCCCCUAUCAGUGACACAGUUUGUAAUGGAUCAAACACCUUUGACACAACCUUCUCACUGAGCCCAACCGACAUUGUUGGGGUUAACACCAUGUCAGACUUCCCCACUGACAGCAUCAUCGCCAGUACCACCAGUGCCACCAGUGCCAGUACCAGCAGCAACACCGGCACUAUCGGGGAAUUUCUGCUCAGAAAAGGGCUGAACGAAAAGCUAAUCCCCAUCUACUGCUCGAUCCUGGCAGCGGUUGUUGUUGGUCUGGUGGCCUUCAUCAUCUUUAAGAGAUGGAAUAGCUGCAAACAGAACAAGCAGGGAGCCAACAACAGCUCAACCAACCAGAACCAGACGCCGUCACCCGAAGGGGAGAAGCUGCACAGUGACAGUGGCAUCUCUGUGGACAGUCAGAGCCUGCAGGAGCAACAAGGCCAGACUCAGACGCACACAGUUGUCUCCAUGGAUGAAGAGCCUUGUUUGCUUCUUCCCCUCAUCACCCGAGAGAAGCUGGAGACGCUUCUGUUCAGAGGCAGCGAAGGCAAACACUGCAGCCACAUGCAGGACAGCGACUGGUACAACCUGGCGGGCCUUCUGGGAUACGAGAGUGAGCGGAUCGCAACUUUCCAGCAGGAGGAGCAUCCAGUCCGGGCGCUGCUGUCCGACUGGGCGAGGAAGGACUGCGCCAGUAUCGACGCCUUGUGCGCGGCGCUGCGUAAAAUCAACCGCGAGGACAUCGCCCAGAGCCUGGCCGUCAGCCCGACCGUUGCAAAGUCCAACGCCACUUCUGUGGUGUGAACCGAACUGUGAGCGGAGGCGUAAACCCCUGAACCUUAAUCACAUUCGAAAACUUCGACAUUCAACCAAAACUUGAUGAAUCGUUUUUUUUUUAACUGCCAGAAACUCCUCGCCUUAUAACUCUUACAUUUAAAUGUCUUUACAAACAAGAUCCUACAUUUCAAACUUUAGAGUCAUUCCAAUUUCCUCUCUAUUUAACCUCAUCGUAUGACUUAACUAACCAUAUUGUGGCGGCAGACUUUGAACAGGUUGUUGCAGAAACUUGACUCCUCCCUUGAACUUGAUCCUUCUCCUUAUCUUCACUUAUGCAAAGCCACUGUGACCCUUAUUUAAAGCAAUCAGAAGCCUGUUUUCAUCCCUUUUCAAUCUGCUCCAAUCAAUGACACCCAAGAAGGAGACUCGCUUUCGGAGUGACAUUAUUUACACGCAACGCUCGUCUUUCUGAAUGUCUCUUGACAGAUGUGCCUCUUUUUUUGAUAAAGAUAUCCGGAUCUUUGGACUAAAGGAAGAAGCAUCCACUGGAUUCUAUUUUCAGCAGAACUCCUCGAUUCUCAGCAUCCGUAUUUGUGCUUUUAUUUUGAAGUUGGGACCGCAACCAACGGAGGUCAUUAACCGAGUCAAUCUAGCUUAUCAGCAUGACAGGCUCACCCAUACUUAUCAUGUAAAAGAAAGAAAAUUAAAGCCAUAUUAUCCUUAGCAAACCUAUUUAUUGUAUGUACAUUACUACACACAUACACAUAGCCAUGCAUGUAUUGUACUUUAGCCACAAAAUGUUACCGUAUGUGUACACUUCCAUUCAUAUUCAUCAAAAACCUUCAGAUCUUGUCAUAUAUGCUGUGUAAAGCUAUUAUAUGGGAACCGUAUAUUUUCUUAAAGCUAUUGUUUGAAGCAUCUUAGAAAAACUCUGUAAUUGUGCCUAAAAUUGCAUAUAUAUGUCUGCAGAAGCUUAAACAUGUAUGGUGGCCAUACACAAAUAAAACUGAAAUCAGGAUUUGUUUUUAAAGUAUCGAUAAGAAGAACCUGAACAGGAAAGUCUGCAAUUUUAUGUUUUUCUGCAUAUAGUUGUCGGCACACAACAAUUGUUACAUGUUUUGUCAAGAAUAACACAAUAAAAGGUCAAAUAAUAGAAGAGUUUAGUUUUAUUUAAUUAGACUUUUAAAACACCACUAACGGAGGCCGCAUCCAUUCCGCGCCCUUGUUAACCUUUGGUGUAGUUCACACCAGACGUGGCCGGUUCACGCCGUGCAGCAAUCUUUUUAGCAUCUGGUCUAUAGCCACAAGUGAUCCACCGAAAUUCUAGCAGGAAGUUACACCAAUACACAUGAGAAAAUCUGGUCAAUUUUCAAAAUAUAACCAAUUUUCACAAUAAAAUACAGUGAUGCCAUCAUUUUAUUUUUAACUAAACAGACUAGAGACGAAAAUAAACACAAAAUAAACAGACACUGGACACACACAAAUCAACACACAUAUGGGGCGACUACAGAGUCGGAGGUGUGGUUUUGGUGUCUGAUGUUUUAAAAAAAAAAAAAAA